AUGUCUGGACGCCUCUUGCAGUACGCACCUGCGGACUUCGCUCGUGUCCUGCAGGGUAUUCCCGUUGCCCUGCCCGGCCAAGACGUUCCUGACGAGGUUGACAAUGCACGGAUGUUCGCAAUUGCCAGUUUCAUCUAUGCAGCACUUGAUAGCCGCUCGGUGGAGUGGUCUGAUUACACCAGUGCCUCGAGCGCGUAUCUGGCUGCUACUGCGACUUCCCACUCCCUCGAGUCGCCCGAUGCCCACAUACCGUCAUACAUACGUGCAGACGAGAGGUCUCAAAAUGGUAUUGCGCACUCGCGCCUGGCUGCCGCCGUCAAAGCAGCUCUUCCGUCGGUGGCGGAUGUACGUGCACGCCCCUCCAGUACCCUCCCUGAGAUGGGAGUCUGGUCGUGUAGCGAGAGCGAUUGUGGUCAUGUCAUCGACCCUUGGGAUCUCACCGUCGCUGAGUGCGAGAUCAUCGGGUCGUAUAUGGGCGUGGGCGCUGAUUCUGGUAUUGUGGUCCGCGCGGACGGUGGUGCCGAGUUGAAUCGCCAGAAUCCCUGGCAGGUUAUGCGCUGCAUCGACUGUCUGGGAUGGAGUCACUUUGCCUGGCAUCUUAACGCCCACUGUAUCGUCUUCUGGUGGCCGGACCCCACUCGCGCUUACAAGUCUGAACCAGGUCUCUGGUGGAACGAAGAACGGCUAUGCACGCAUCAGGCGCACAGACAGUUACGCGAGCAGCUCGAGGCCGACGAGCUUGCUGACCAACAGAACAUUCGCAAGUGGAAGUGUAAGAUGGCGCUCACACACGCGAAGAAAGGGCUACAUGCCGUGCGCUUUCAUUUGACGAAGUGGCGCCGCGACGCCAUGCUUGCGCGGGAGACUCUCGUCAGAGAGAUGUUUCAAGCCGGACGUAGCAUUGUGGAUACGGGGCUUGCGCUGGUGCAUCGUAUGGAUGUUGAGCGCACCAAUACAGAUCGCGUACGCCUACAGGAGGAGCGCGAGCGGCACAAGGAGAUGAUGCGGGAGUGGACGUCUCGCCGGGAGCGUUGGUCUCAGAUGUAG